UUAUUGAUGCUUAUCAAAACACCCUUCACGGGCCUCUUCAAAUGAUUGUUACUCACAGUAAGCCAAACGGCAUAGCGUAGACGAUAGUGAUAGUGUAAAUACCGUGAAAAUGCUUAAGUUGUUGUUGAUUAUCGGUGUUGUUUUGUUUGUAUUAUCAGGUCAGGGCUCAGAAGCCGCGGACUGCUGUGGAAGUUACACGGACAUUUCCGGAGAAAAACAUAAAGCGGAACUAUGUCCAGAUUACUGUUGCCUAAAAAUAGGCAUUGCAUAUAAAGGAUGCUGCGACGAUUCCAGCAGGCAGAUACCUGCGACUAAGAACCAAAAUGAAGAUUGCGUUAAAGACUGGCUUAGUCAGCAUAUAUGGGUCCCGAUUGUUUGUGGCAUAGUGGGAUUGCUGAUUAUCAUCGGUAUUGUCGUCUGCUGCUGUUGCUGCUGUGGUUGUUGCAGACGAUAAGUUGCAGAAGAUACGUGUCAAAAAAUAAAAUGAGCCACGUCACGACAAAACCAACAUAAUGGAUCUGCGACCAGCAUGGAUCCAGACCAGCCUGCGCAUCCGCUCAGUCUGAUCAGGAUCCAUGCUGUUCGCUUACCAAUUCUAUUACAAGUAGAGAAACUGAUAGCGAACAGUAUGGAUCCUGAUCAGACUGCGCGGAUGCGCAGGCUAGUCUGGAUCCAUGCUGGUCGCAAACCCAUUAUGUGUGUUUUGUCAUGACACGGCUCAAAUACUGUUUAUAAAAAUCUGCAACAGAACUGCUGACAAUAGUUUUUCACAUAUGCCUUACAUGUAAACAUUCCUAAAUUUGCCGAAGAAGUGGAUGAUUUUUGGUGCACUUUAAUGACGCUGAGCCAUUUUUCAUAUAUUUAUAUUAUAUAGAUUAUCUGAACAAAUGACAUGAUAGAGACUACUGUAAACUUCAUGGAUAUUGUAUGCAUUGUGUUUAUAUUAUAUUGUGGUGGGAAAUUGUUUUUUUAUUUUAUGGUUGAAUAUCGUGUAGUCAUAUACAUGAGUAGUUUUAUUAAAUUUUAAUUUAAUAAAUAGUAGAAUAGACUAUUAGAUUGUAUAUAAUUAUCAUUUAGUUUCGUUGAAAGGUUACUUGGAUGUAAAAGAUACGUUUUCGGGUUGUUUAAAGCAGCAUGCCUCCAGAUUCAAGCUUAUUAAAAAAAUUAAAAAAAGGAAAAUGUAUUAAAAAGUAAAAUUAUAUACAGUAUAGGUUUAGGUAAAUAUUUGUUUUAUGCUACAAAGCAUCAAAUUGAACUACUUAAUGCUUUGUAAAUCAAUGUAUAAAUUUGUCUCGUUAUAUUUGAAAAUGAUAUUGUUUAUUCUUGAAAUUACUUGAUAAUGUGUCAAUUAUGAAUCACUGCUAAAUGCAAUCUCAACACAGCAUAUAAUUAAUUUUAAAAUUCACUUUUAAUAUCUUUAAGAAUGUAAAAGCUUUUUCAUAGCUAAGCUUACUUUAGUACUAAAUGCUGUUAACGUUAAUGUUAACGUUCAUUCUCCAAAAAUAUGUAAAUUGAAAAUUUUGUGCCACAACUUUUGUUCAUGUACCAUGAUAUCGUGUUUCAUUGUGUGUAAAAUGACUAUAUGUACUGAAAGUUUACGUCAAUAAAUUAUCUAUCUUUAUAAGUGAACAAAGAAAGUUAAUAACACAUUUGAAACGUCAGCUUCAGUCCACGUAAAUUAUCAAGUAAAUGUCAAAAUAUACAAAAAAGCCCUUAAUCCGUGAGUCACGCAGUAGAAAUGGGGUGAUAAUUACUGCUAAAUCAGUCAUUCAUUGCAUGUAACAUGUAAAUUGUUAAGUUAAUUAUAAAUAUUUCCACUUCUCUUAUAAUCUUAGCACAUUUUAAUUAAGGUUGAUUUUCUUUAAUUUUUUGAGCUCAUAUGGAGGCAUGUAUCUUUACGUUUUAGCUAAGUAGGACCAUUGGUCUAAAUACUAUUACAGUGAUAACGAACGCUUCAGUCUUGUGAAAUUUCACGUCUGUAACGUCGAUUUGAAUAAUCGUAACGUUUAUAUUUUCUAUUUACACGGCUAUGCACAGCAAAAUUGUAAAUUAUUUUCUCUUUUUAUAACCAAAAUAAAGAGGUAUUUGUACAUUAUCAUCAAUUCGUUAUAAAAACUGUUGACAGUUUAUAUGGCCAUAUAUGAAUGGGUUUAUGUUUAACUUAUAUAAA